AUGCCGGGCGUGCGUGCGUCCGUACGUGAGCCGUUCGGUCAUUUUAAACUAACCAAUCGCCGGCCGAGGCGGUCGCCGGAGCUGGGGCUGUUGGGAUUUGGCUCGGUAAUCGAGGCGCGCGCGCGUGGUGAGAGGAAGAAGACGGUUGGUGCGUGUGAGAGUGAGGGAGAGGCCCCGUUGGAAAACUGGAGGACAAGGUAAUAGGGGCGCCCCUGUUGUUGUUGUUGUUGUCCCCCCACCCCCGCCCGCCUUGGGACGGAGAGUCCUCGCGCGGCCUGGGGGGACUCCCUCUCGGCCAUUGGCUCUCCAAACCCUCGGAGGGAAGCGGAGCUGCGGGUCCCCCUUCCAGGCCACGCCCAUUACACCCCCCCCGCGUCAUGCCCGCGCGCCCUUGCUGCCUUCUUCCCUUUCUGAGAAAUUGGGGUGGGGGAGGGGGGUGCAGGCAUCCCAUAAGGAAUAACAUAUGGUUAAGGAAUAAUAAGCAGGGGGGAUCCUAUGAAGAAUCCUCCCCCCCCCCCCAAUACUCGAGGUCCUUCGUCGCUUCUGGGGUCAAACAUUUAAUAACAAGGGGGUAAGGUUUUGUGCUGUAAAGACCGAGGCUCGUUGAAAUGAUAAGUUAAAGACAAAACCAGAGCUUUGCUGGAUCAGGCCAGUGGUCAGUCUUGUAGGAAGCAGGAUUCUAAGAUAACAAGAUGCCAUUGCAAGCAGUAGCACUCUGCAUAGUUGUCAACGUUUUCCCUUUUUUAUUCCGAAUAGGAUUCCUCACAAGAAAAGGGAAAAGUUGACAUCUAUGGCCCUCUGUGACUCUUGCUCCCUAGCAACUGGUACCUAGGCUCUCAGAUGGUGGUUCUGAUAUGGCUACCAUGACGAUGAGGGACAUAUUCUCCAGGCAUUUGUGUAAUCCCAUGAUCAUGGAACUUUGAUGGGGGAAAGCAAGCAGUGGUUUAACCUUAGAGUGCUUCUGUGAGAGGGGAAUUCUCACAUCCCUGGUGUACAUUUUAAGAGAUGCAGUUGGAACUAACAAAAGGGUUAGUUCCAACUGCAUCUCUUAAAAUGUAUAACAUGGAAUCACUUAUACUAGCACAUUGAUUUCUCCAUAUGCUGUUAUUUGAUUAUUAUUCAUUUCAUUUCUAUACUGCUUUUUAUUUUAAAGAAAAAUCUCAAAGCGGUUUAAAGCAUAUUAAACAUCAGUAAAACAAUCCAGAAUCAAACAUUUCUGAAGAAAGUCAAAUAUAAAGUAUACAGUCAAAGCAACAUAAUUAUCAGAAAUAUUAUCUGAAAGAUUUCAAAAUAAAACAUUACAAAGGAGGUCAGCUGGUCAGCUACAGAAUACAUACUUAACACAAAGUUAACAAAAAAUCAUUGCUAAGUGAAGUCAAAUAUAAAAUGCACAAUUAAAAUAGCAUUAUUAACAAGAGAAUAAAAUAUUAUUAUAAGCAUGACACGCCUGUUUGGGAGGCACAAAAAGAUGGGGCAAAAGAAUCAAUAAUUGGGGUUUGUUGUCAGGCCUAGCGAUGUCCCUCUUGUCUCACCAGGAGCCUCUUUAGUAGGGCUGGGUGAGUCUGGGCCCCGCUCGCUAGGCCAGGUGGAAAGGGCCUUGCAGGGAACGGCCUUCACGACUCAUAGCCGGGCGAUGCUAAGCCCUGAUGUUCUCUGAGCCAAAAUAGCCUGGACAUAAGCAAUGUACAAGAGCAGAACUUGGGAAUGCUGCUUCUCCCACCUUUCUUUUUGGGCCACAUUUCUACUGUUAUGGGGCUUUGGUUCCCCCCCCCCAUAAGAUGUUACAUUAUAGGCUGCUCAGCAAUUUGCCAGAUAUUCGGCUUCCGAAACGUUCAAAAACCAAAGCGUGGCUUCUCAUUGGCUGCAGGAAGCUCCUGCAGCCAAUCAGAAGCUGCAGAAGCCCCGUUGGACGUUUGGCUUCCAAAUGAACGUUCGAAAAGUGGAACACUCACUUCCGAUUUUCAAUCAUUCAGGAGCCAGAAUGUUUGACUCCCAAGGCGUUUGGGAGCCGAGGUAUGACUACUUGUAAGCAAGUAAGUAGAUUUUUAUUUAUACCCCACCCUCCCUGGCCAAGACUGGGCUCAGGACGGCUAACAUCAAAGAUCAAAUACAUUAAAACACAAUCAGACAAUUGAUUAAAAUGCAGCUUAAAAAUUAAAAUCAGGAUAAAAUUAAAUUACUGUCCAUGAAUUACAACUAUAGGGGUCGGGAACCUCAAGUAUUCAUCAGCGCCAGCUAUCCAUGUUGGUCCCACAUGAGCCAAUAAAAGGGCCAAAGAGGGGGUCCCAUAGAGGGGGAUCAAACUGGGCCUGAACCGAAGGAUGUCAAGUCCUGCAGGGCCCUGGUCUCCUGCGAUAGAGCGUUCCACCAGGCUGGGGCCAAAGCCAAAAAGGCCUUGGUCCUGGUUGAGGCCAGUUUAACCUCCUUGAGGCCCGGGACCUCCAAGAUACUAUUAUUUGCAGACCGUAAGGUCCUCUGUGGGGCAUACCAGGGGAGGCGGUCCCAUAAGUACGAGGGUCCUAGGCCGUAUAGGGCUUUAAAGGUUAAAACCAGCACCUUAAACCUGACCCUGUACUCCACCGGUGCAGCUGGUAUAGCACUGGCUGAAUGUGGUCCCAUGGCAAGGACCCCAUAAAGAGCCUCGCAGCGGCAUUCUGCACCUGCUGGAGUUUCUGGGUCAGCUUCAACGGCAGCCCCACGUAGAGCAAGUUACAAUAAUCAAGCCUGGAGGUGACCAUCACAUGGAUCACUCUGGCUAGAUCAGGGCGAGAAAGGUAAGGGACCAGCUGCUUAGCACAGCGAAGGUGGAAAAAUGCCACCUUUGCUGUGGCUGCAACCUGCGCCUCAAUAGAGAGGAUGGCGUCAAAGGUUACACCCAAACUCCUGACAGAAGGCUCUGGCACUAAUUGAGCCCCCGCAAGAGAUGGGAGUUGGCCCCCAAACCCCAUGUCGUCCUGACCCAACCAGAGGACCUCUGUCUUCGAAGGAUUUCGAAGAACUUAACUGGCUCCCACACAGCCAUCCAGGCACAGCUUCCAAACAUCUGGUCAGUGUGCCCUGGGCUGAGUCAGGAUGGCCGUCCAUCAACAGAUAAAGCUGGGUGUCAUCAGCAUAUUGCAUACUGACAACAGAGUUCUGGAGCAGAUGUUCCAGUGGCCCAUCCAGCAGGCUUUUCUUGUUGAUGCAAUUUCUCUUUAAAAUCUACCAAAGAUAAUAUAGAAAAUAAUAAUAAUCUGUAGAUAACUUUUGUAUUAUCUUAUUCAGAUGACUGGGUCAAAUGAAUUUAAGUUGAACCAACCACCGGAAGAUGGAAUCUCAUCAGUGAAAUUUAGUCCUAACACAUCUCAGUUUCUGCUUGUUUCAUCUUGGGACACUUCUGUUCGAUUGUAUGAUGUUCCUGCCAACACCAUGAGACUCAAGUAUCAACAUACAGGAGCUGUACUUGACUGUGCUUUUUAUGUAAGUCUUUUUUACUACUUUGUGUUUUUACUAUUGAAGUUAUAAGAAGGGGAUGCAAGGUGUAAUUUACUUAAUUAGUAGGUUACUGAAGUCUUUAGGCUGGAUUCCAAAGUGCCAUGCACAGGGUUUUGCACGUACAGGGUUUUCAGCUCCUCCCAUCUGACAAGAAACUACCUCUUGAAGACUGGGAGGCCCUCUGGAACAACCCACCACCCUUUCUGUGCUCAGAAACACUUUGUAAUUGCACAUGGGCUUCUCUACCCUGGCCUUUUAGAUUGAGCUAUAAGUUAAGUAUGCCUUAAGUUAAGUAAGUUAAGCUUGUUUUGAUGCUUGUGUGGGCCUGAUGUUUUGUUGUAAUGGGGAAUAAAAAAAGAAUGCUAAAGAUAGUCUUGCUCUCCAACAACCAGUGAAAACUUUUAAAAAUACAGGUUAUCUUCAUCAUUUUUUUUUAAAGGUACCCUUACUGAGGUUUUUAGUAAUAAGCCAGUUUAACAGGUUAAUAUUUAAUUUUAAUUGGUUAAGACAGAUGGAUGAACAGAAUUGUUCAAUUGAUUGACAGCUCUGUUUUUAAAACUACGUAUUUUGAUUGUAAGCCUGUAUGGAAAAUUGGGAAACCAGUAAAAUUGUGUUGCAUCAGUGGUCUUCUGCUCAUACGUUACUUCUGCUUUGUCCUCCACUCUGUAGCCCCCUGAAUAUCUCCAAUAUCAUCUUUGGAGGGUCUGCCAAUCUACUGGAAGAGAAUGUGGUGGUAGUGAUAAUAUGCAAAAAUGGGGCAUUUUGUUCCAUGAGCAGAAGUCCGCUGCACAAUUGGGUGGACAUCACUGGAUGUCAUCCACUGUCUUUUGAUCUUUUUUGUUGCCUAGUCAAGUACAGUAUUUCAUUCCUAUAUAAUAGUUAUGCUGCAGGAUUUUAUCAACAUUAAUUAUUUUGGAAGCAAUAUCACAUUAGCGUUGUCAAACACAUUUAAUAACAUAAUUUAUUUUCUAAUCUUCAGUUUCAUAAUUUUGUGCGUAGCUUUUGCCCCAGUGAAGGAGCUGAAGCCCCUUGCACAGGGGUGGGGUUCAAAUUCUUCUCACAGUUAUAGUAACCAUUGUGGGUGACCUUUGGCGGUAGUGCUACUGUUGUCAUUCAGUCGCCCUGUUCUCUUGUGGAAAUAAAUUGGGUAUGUAGGCAGUAGGAGAGCAGCGCCAUCCCAAAUUCUUAUAUGUACGCCUUUGAAGGGGUCAUGGUUUGUUGAUCCCUUGCUGACACUGUUGGAUAAGACUUUUUAAAGCAAAAAUAAUGCCUUUAUCAAAUAUUUGUUGGUUCCUUGGAGUAUAGAUAUAGAACAUAAGUGAACAACUUUCUUCUCUUGAAGGACCCUACACAUGCCUGGAGUGGAGGAUUGGAUCGGCAGUUAAAAAUGCAUGACUUGAACACUGAUCAAGGUAAGCUAAUUGAUAGGUAUAGUAGAACCUGCAGAAGUAGGAGAAAAUAGAUUGUUUCAACAGUAGAUUAAUUCACUGAAAAUAGUGUCGUGAAAUAGAAAAGUAUUAUGACUGGAAUUCUUACAGUAUAAAUACAGACAGCAUUAAAGUGCAAAUUAAAUGUGUUUCUUUUCUGUACAGUUCAUAUUUACUAUGUCAUUUGGUUUUAUGUCUGCACUUUCUGUAACUUCCAUUUAUUUCUGUAUAGUGUUGCUCUUGAUUUUAUUUAGUGCAUUUAAAGCUUUAUUAGUCAAUGCAGAUUUUUAGGCUAAGGAAAGAGUUAGUAUUCCAUGAUAAGAACCUUGUGGUGUUUUGUCUUUAACUGAGUAUAUAAAAAUAUUUGCAGGGUGGUACAUUUUUAUUUAAAAACAAUCUUUUUGUUUUAUUUACAGUUCUAGUCUUGAGUGUUGAGAAAGCGAAACUGUCAAUAUUGCUUGUAUGACCUAGUUCUAUGCAGUACUUUUUCUAUCCUUGAUAGUUUAAUUUGUUCUUUUCCCUUUAGAAAUGUAUUUAUGGGCUAUUUAACACCUCCAACUUUGUUUUUACAGUCGUUUAGACUUGCCUGAGAUUUUGGCAGAAGGGCAUUAUUCUGCAUACAUGUGCAUAUGAACUAUGAGUUCAUAGAGUAAUGUGCGGGGCUUGAAUUGAUUUAAGAGACAAUGGGGAAAAUGCUGUAAAUGGAUAGCUCAGUCGGUAGAGCUGUGAGACGUUUAAUCUCAGGGUCAUGGGUUUGAGCCCCAUGUUGGGCAAAAGAUUCCUGCAUUGCAGUGGGUUGGACUAGAUGAUCCUUGUGGUCCCAUCCAACUCUACAAUUCUAUGAUUCUAAAUAUGAAAUCCUUAAACUGUGAUUAUAUAUUUUUUGGGGGUAGUAGAGAAAUCUGGGGGGACAUCUGUUGAGUGAGAUUUUAAGGUGUGAGUAUGAUUGCACGUUCUGACUUGAUAAGAGGACAUUUAACAUCCACUCCCUUUACAAAUACCCUACAAUAUUGAUAAAUAGUCAUUGUAGUUGAUGCAGGGAUAAUAGGAUCAGACACCUAGCUGUUUGGAAGCAGAGUAACUGAAUGUCAGGAAAGCUGCUUUUCAUCAUUGUAGAGGAUGAAAUUAGAUGCUGUGACAUUGUAAAUGGAUAAGAAGUUUCCAGGCAAUGGUUGCUUGAUGUCUUGAAAGAUACUGGAGAAUUGGGUUUGGAGGAGAAAGCUAUUUAGAAUAAAUUCUAGAGGAUUAAAAAAAAGUACUGAUUUAUUUCCUAAGUUGGAGAAAGAAUCUGAAGUAUUACAGGAUUAGUAUUCAGCAUCACUUUAAAAGCUUCUAAAACAGUUUAAUACUACAGGAUACAGUGCUAAAAUGGAUGAUGCUGUGGAAUAAAGGUUUAUUGACAGUUUUGCUGAAAGUGCCUAAUUACUCACAAGUGGCAAAGGCAUGAACUAAUGUGGUCAUGCUACAUUCACCUACUAUGAGAUCUUUCAAACACACCAUUCAUGACUAGGAUUUUCAGAGGACCCCAACAGAGUUAGGUGCACAAAUCUCUUUUGUUCAUUUGAAAAUCUCUGCAUGGGUACCAACACCCCCCUUAAGCUUCUUUGAAAUACUGAGUUGAUAUCUAUUAGUCUACAUUUAACACUUCAGAAGUGUCUGUCUAUUGAGAAGAUUAGAGGAUCAAGCGUCCUUUGAAAGAUGUCCCAGCAUGCACAUACAUUAGUGAAUGGUAUAUCAGACUCUGUUAACGCUGUAUGAAUAUUGUUUUUUCCUUUUUAUUAAAUUUGAUUAUCAAAAAUAUAGUGCAACUAUGUGUUCAGAUUAUUACUAAUCUUUUUUUUAAAAAACAGACAAUCUUGUUGGCACCCAUGAUGCUCCUAUCCGAUGCGUUGAAUAUUGUCCAGAGGUCAAUGUAAUGGUAACAGGAAGUUGGGAUCAAACAGUCAAGUUAUGGGAUCCGAGAACACCUUGUAAUGCGGGAACAUUUUCUCAGCCUGAAAAGGUUUGUAUUUAAGCAAUUUACAAUACAAUACUUUGCAUGCCUACUCAGAAGUAAGCACUGUUAAGUUCAAUGGGGCUCUUUUUCUAGUAGACUUGUAUUUUUUAUGUGGUUAAGGAAUACAUUUGAGCAAUCAAAGUAUUAAUAUCUUUCAGAUCAGUUCAUUGUUUUGCAUUAAAAAUUUAUAAACACUAUUAAUGAAGAUAAAAUUACAGACUUAAGUGAGUUUUUGUAUGAUUAACAAGUACUACUUAAAUACCAGAAAAAUACAAAGUUAACUCUUUAGUUAUUCUCAGUAAUUAAUGCAAGCUUAGCUACACCAGGAAAAUAUAAUGACACUUCAGACAUAACACAAAACCAUGGUUUGUUGUUAAGGGCUUGAGCUCCACAAACCUUAGACUUGUGUGCUCCUCCCACAAAGGGACAAGGUUUAAAGCUUUAGUCGUCUUUUGUUUCUAAACUGCUUUUUCCCAUUGCUCAAUCUUUAGUAAACUGGUUUUUAGAAACCAUUGUUAAUUAACAAACCAGGAUAAGACUUGGAUACAAUAGGGAGAUCCUUUUGCUGAAGGUAUAUUCCAGAAACCCAGCUGGUAGUAUUGCCUAUGUUAUAUUGUGGUGUCAAUACACUAAUAUAGGAAGGGCUUUGUUGGUGUAUCCAUUUAUGCCAAUGUAAACAGGAAAUUUUGAUUGUUGCAGCUUAAUUUCUUUCAGCUUCUUAUUCAGGGUCCAUGAGUAAGGUCCUAGCAGCUGAUUUGCAGCCUGCUGUAACUUUGGCUUACAAGUACUGUAAACAAAGUGAUGGGAUAAAGUUACGGCCAACAAUAAACCUUGAGUUAUGCAUUUAAGAGUAACUUGAACGGUGUAACUUUUAUUUUAACAUGUUAGUGCAGCCUUAUGGUAUGAAUAGCUGCAUGUUUUGAUAAAUGGAUGAGAUGAGGCUUUAACUUCUUCAGCUCACUAAACAGCAGUUGCAUUAAGAGUAUUUAAAUUUUUAUUUAUGAUCUCUUGUCAGUCUUCAUUUUCAUAGGCAGAUACAUGCAAAUAGUUUUUGUCACUACUUCAAAUACUUUCUAAUACAAUGGUGAGCUGUCAGUCUGGACCACAUCAUGUCUAAAUAGCGCAGUAAUGUGGGCACUACAUAAUCUGAAUCUAUUGGCAAGAUCUUUGAUCAGGAUAAAAAUGUUGUUUUUUACUUGUGAUUUAUGGUUGCAUGUAGCAUGUAGAAAACUGUGAUGAAUUGCUCGCAGAAUGCCAUAUAAUAGACAGUCACACUGAAUCAAACUUCUUAUUGGUAUAGCAAGGUUCAUUAUGUCACUUUUUUAAAUAGUGUCUCUGAUAAAUGUGUAUACCUAGCCUAUUUCAUGAUAUUGGUUUCAUUUGAUUUAUGGCUAUGGGGUGCUGUAAAGAAUACUUCACAGGUAUGACACCAGUCAGUAAAGAAGAUUUAAGGUAGUUAACACUCCUGAUGCAGUUUUUCCUGUAUAUAUUUUUCUAUAACAUUGCUUUUGUGUUAUCACAUUUUAUACUGUAUGCAUUCUUGUAUAGUAAUUUGCUUUGUGUCACUGUUGUUUGAGCCAUUGACAAUUCAUCAUUAAUAAUAAUAAUUAUUAUUAUUCAUUGAAUUUAUAUACCGCCCUAUACCCAGAGCUCUCAGGGCAGUUCACAGAACAAAAUCAAAAUAUAAAACCACAAAAUAUAUAAUCAAAAUAAAAACAACCCAACCCACAUUUUAAAAGGACAUAGGAUGUCAAUCAAAUCAACCAAAGGCCUGGUUAAAAAGGAAUGUUUUUGCUUGGCGCCUAAAGGUGUAUAAUGAAGGUGUCAGGCGAGUUUCCCUGGGGAGAACAUUCCACAGACAGGGAGCCACUGCAGAGAAUGCUCAUUCUUGUGUUGCCACCCUCUGGACCUCUAGGAGAAGGCACAUGAAGAAAGGCCUCAGAAGAUGAUCUCAGGGUCCGGGUAGGUUCAUAUGGAAAGAGGCGGUCCUUGAGGUAUUGCAGUCCUGAGCCACUUAAGGUUAAAACCAGCACUUUGAAUUGGGCCUGGAAACUAAUCGGUAGCCCGUGCAUUCUGUUUACAUUCUGUUAGUCCUAGUAUAAAUGAAGGAUCUGUAAUUAGAUACCAGAUCUACCACAUGUUAAGCAUAUGGAAUGAAAGCAUGUAUAGUAUGUAUCUUUUUAGAAAGGUAAAGUUGAAAUAUCUAAUAUGUAACUAGUAGCUGUUACUUGAAAGAGUUUUACCUGAUAACAGAUUAAUUGCUUAGUUACACAACUUUUGUUUUUAGUUUAAACUGAUUUAAGCAACAUUUUCUAGUUUAUCACAACCAUUAAUAUUUUUUUUAGCGGUUAGUUAUGCAUCCUGAAAUGGCAAGAGUAAAUAAACAGUUGAGUGUUCAGUGUAAUAUAUUUUUUGAUGUUCCUGCCAGCAAAUUUUUCUCUCUGUGUUGACAGGUAGGUUAUUGUUUUCUGAAACAAUAGACAAACUGUUUCUUUAAAAUUAUUUAUGUAAUCAUGACACAGAUGUAAUGAUGCUUGAUCUGUUAACCAUGGAUAAGAGAUUGAGAGCAAUCUGUGAGCUUGAGCACUAUCUCACCUUACUUCUUGCAGAUGGAUCUUCCCCUUCCCACCCCACAUUUUAUUUAAAGAAUUUAAAUUCACUUUUUGCUUUCAGAGCCUAAAAACAUUACAUAGGCACCUGGGUUUUUAAAAAUUAUUUGUGUGUAUGUACUAACAAUGGUUAGCUCCAAACCACAACUAUGAUUAUAAAUGUAUAUGCAAUCCAUAGUUUGUGCUAACUAUAGUUCCUGAGGAUUUGUGAAAGCUGGGGUUAGAUGAAUUGGCAAGGACAUUGUUAUAACUUAAAGGGUAGAAGUAGCUUUUUAGGUUUGUAGGUUGAUUGGGAAAAGAAUGGUCUCCCUUUGAGGAUGGAGAACUCUUAGCAGGAACAAGAUAGAUAUAAGGAGGACAAACAAGAAAAAUUGCAUCUCUAUAGCAAGGCUUAGUAUGUAAAUUUUUGGUAUUCUAACAUGGGUAAUCUUGUAUAGUCCAUGUAGAAUGCAUUUUAGUGUUUCAUGGAGAGUUAAGUCUGCUAGACUUCUACUUUUAAAAAUCUUUUGUCAUUGAACAUGUUAAUGGAACAGGUAAUCUUUUCCUUCUACCUUUAUGCUGCUAAAGUAGAAAUCCUAGUACUGAAUGUGGAAAAUGUAAUGCCACUUUAUAACUUUUUUCCAAGGUGUAUACAUUGUCUGUGUCUGGUGAUAGAUUGAUAGUGGGAACAGCUGGUCGGAGAGUUUUGGUGUGGGACUUGCGAAACAUGGGCUAUGUUCAACAAAGAAGAGAAUCAAGUCUUAAAUAUCAGACACGUUGCAUCAGAGCAUUCCCUAACAAACAGGUAUUUAAAUUGUGCUGCAUCAUCAUCAUCAUCAUCAUCAUCAUAAUAAUAAUUUUUAUUUAUACCCCGCCCUCCCCAGCCAAGGCCGGGCUCAGAGGGGCUUGUCAAAUGAAAGUUUGUAGAAAAAUAGUCUCAAUUAUACCAGCUUUUGAUAUUUAUGAUUAUCUUGACUCAAAAAGUUUAUUUUGAAUCUUGCUAAUUUUAUUGCUAUCUCUAAAACAAAUGAUGUAUUUGCUGUGCUUUCCUAAGGUUUUGAAGCUGUUAAUGGAGUUGGAAACUAGAGGAACUUUAAUAUUGUAUUUAAUUCUAAAGUUAUCACAGAGCUCUGAAUUAUGCAGGAGCAGUAGACUGGCAUAAAUGCCAUGCGCCAAGAAAAUUAGUGUUCUGGGAAAUACUGUUACAGGAUUUAGAUAAAAAACUAUUUGCUUAGGAGUCAUUUUCUGUGCUGGGCAUGGCUCUUUCCUGGAUCUAUCAAAGCUACAAAGAGAAUUAACAGAAGAACAAGAGUGUCUUUGUUUCUCUCAUCAUUCCCUUCUCUGGGGUUCAAUGUAGUGUUUAGCCAUUAUUUUCUGCUCUUCUUGAGGUGGGAAAAAUAUAAAGGAAAAGCCUAACAGACUUUUAUUGAUGUCAGAUAGCAAGAUAUACCUAGCAGAUAUAGAGUUGUCUUAUGCAGAGGAGGCAUUAAAUGAAAGCGAAUUUUGUUAGAUGUUAUUUAUAAGCAAAAGGGUUCCUCCAAUGAGGUCUCAUUUGGAAUCUGUUCUCACUUUCUAAAAGGCAUUAGUGUGUGCCCUGUUUAGAGUUAAUGUCAGAACUGGAAUGCAACAUUUUUUAUCAGGACACAAUGCUAAGAGAAUAAUCUAGAGAAUAAUCUAUAAUUCCCUUUGGAAUCUUCUCAGACAUUUUUACAAACCUUUAGGACUCAGAGUGCACCUGUGCCUCUCAAUAGUUAAAUGUGACAUGUGUACAUAAGAUGUACACAUCUUAUAAAUGUUUCAUUGACAUAGAGCAGUUCAUAAAGAAAAAACAAAACCCUAUGAUCAGUCAUCAAAAUAAGUGAGGAUUCUGUCUAUGUCCCAUAGGGCUAUGUGUUAAGCUCUAUUGAAGGCCGUGUUGCAGUUGAGUAUUUGGAUCCAAGUUUGGAGGUACAGAAGAAGAAAUAUGCUUUCAAAUGUCACAGAUUGAAGGAGAAUAAUAUUGAACAUAUUUAUCCAGUCAAUGCCAUCUCUUUCCACAAUGUCCAUAACACUUUUGCUACAGGUAACAUGAAACUUUAUUUUUUUCUUAUUAGUGCUGUUAGUUGAUAAUUCUUCAGUUAUAUUGACCAAGCAGUCAUCUGAAAAGCUUCAGUUGUUCUGUGAUUCUUUUAGAGAAUUUGAGGUAUCCUGUCUUUAGUUCUCAAAUAUAUCAUUAAAAUAUAAGCUGAAAAAUACAGUUUCUACUUUGUAGCUGUUUUGCAUACUUGUAAAACUGGGAAGAUUGUUUGAUGUGAAAAUUUUCUGCAAUAAUUCAGAACCUAUUUUAUAUCUUGUACCAUGUGCUUCUCCCAUUAAAUAACCGAAAUAUCCUUGCACUUUCUAAUUAUAUUUAAUUGCACAGAUAUCAAUAAUGCUCGUUUCUGCUGCUUUGGAUCUUUGCAAUCUAUUUUUAGGUGGUUCCGAUGGCUUUGUCAAUAUUUGGGAUCCAUUCAAUAAAAAGAGACUCUGUCAGUUCCACCGCUAUCCUACAAGCAUAGCAUCUCUAGCCUUCAGUAAUGAUGGAACCACCCUUGCAAUUGCAUCAUCAUAUAUGUACGAAUUGGAUGACGUUGAACAUCCUGAAGAUGGUAUCUAUAUUCGGCAAGUGACAGAUGCUGAAACAAAACCCAAGUGAGUAAGUUUCACCUGUAUUUGAGCUUUUUCUACCGUUUAUUCCAGGAUUUAUUAAUUUUCCUAAAUUCAUGAAUAGCAUUAUUGAUUCCUGGUAGAUAGUGCAGCUUGACAGUAGGACUAGAGUUGAUUUUAUCUUGUUCUCCCCAAGCUUUCAAUAUCCGUAGGUUGAUAGACGGCUGGUGGAUAAAAUUGUCUACUUGUUUUGUGGGAGAAGAAUGUCAAACUCUCAUUCUUCUUGAAUAGGAGCUAUUAUAUGAAGUCAUGGCAUUAUUGCCAGCUCAUUGCUUUAAAAUUAAGUUGAAGAAUUCAGGAUAAUACAUAUGAGAGAGUAAUUAUAUUAGGAUUUUUAAGAUUUUGAACUAUUGGCAAUCUCUGCACAUAGAUCUGGGCUUCUCAUCUACAAUACACCAAAGCAGAGCUGCUAUAGUGAUGGUUUAAAUUAUAAGAAAAUAAUUUUGAAACGGUAUGUGUAACUCUUUAAUGUCCAGAAUUGUGCCACGUUUCCUGGUAAAGAAAAUACUAGUUUUGGUUGCACAAAGCUAAAAUGAAUUUAGCCUAAACCUAAAUACAUUGCGAUUUUCUUUCCCUUAGCACAUUGGAGUUUAUAUCUUAUAUUCAGUUUUGCCACUUGAGUAUAUUACAGUGCUAAGAAAACACAUAUGCCUGCAGUGUUUGGAACCUCUGUGGGUAUUAGCUGUUCCCACUAGCCCCACAGCUGCUUGCUGUCUCUCAUUAGUGUAUUUGCCUUCAGGAAGGUGGGGAGCAGCAGAUAUGAGCAUGUUUGCCUGUAGGGAAAGAUAAUAUGCAAAAAGACCUUUAUGCUGUAGUAUCCAUAGGGAUGGGUCAACUCCUACUCCUUGCUUGCUGGAACUCUGUGAUCUUCCAGUCAGACGUAGGUACACAAGAAUGCACACACAGACUUAGAAUUAAAGAACAGAGUGCUUCUGAGCCCAUUCUGAACCUAGGAAUUAAUUUUUAGGGCCAAAACUGAACUGAGCUUAAAAGACAUUUCACACAAAAGUCCAGUCAGAGUUAAUAUUUUUUUUCCAUUUCAGCACCCUUAUUAAGGUGGAAAAUGUUUUUGUUGCUAAACAUUUAGGAGUCAUAAAUCCUUGCUGAUCACUAGAUCUACCAGUACACCCUGAUCUAAUUUUUGCUCACCUCUGCUGUAGUAUAGGUGUGUAUAGGAGAGAAAUACACACAUUAUCUCCCUCCAUUCUUAGCUCUUUAAACUAGCUGCUUCUUUCUCUUGUUGUGUACAUGCACUACUUCUGCUGUGGAAGAAGAGUGGCUCUAGUUGGUGGGAAAGCUCUGUGUGGCUUGAACUUCCUCCUGCAAGGAAUUGGCAGCUUAGAGUUAUUGUGGGCAUUCUCACACUUGGCAUUUGGUUGCUUAUUAAGAUGUAGAAUUUGCCACACAUAACAUCCAAAAAGUGGAUAUUUCUUACUUAAAACUUAAUCUGAUUCUUGAGUCACUGGCGUGGACUUCAUGGAAAUGAAGAGUAGCUUUUCUAAGCCCAUCUUGUGAGUACAGUUACUUGCCUCAGAAUAAUGUCAGGCAAAUAAGCUGGUGUGGGCAUUCAGGGUCCCUGUGCUCAGGGCAUCUUAUAGUAAAGCAUCAUCAGGUGCAGCUAAAUUAAGCUGAAAGUAAUUGACAUACAGUUUGUUGUGUUGAAGGAAUGUUCUUUUUGCAAGGGAAUUUCAGAAGAUAGAUGCCAUAACAGGGAGGGUAUUAGGUUAUACCUCUAUCAAACCAAAGGAAUACAGAGUGGUGUCUCCCAUGCAGAACCGGCACAAAGAACUUGAAAGGGUUUGGGUGUCCUGGAAGAUGCUGUGUCCCUGUGCCUUGGCACUUUUAAAAAGGCUUAUUAGCACAUCUAGGUUAUAAACUUGGCAACUGUACCUGUGCUCUUGAGAUUCAUUUCUUUUUAAAAAACAAACUGUUGAGGGGCUUAUACAGUAACGCUGCAAUUCAUUGUUGCGCUAUGGUGAGUGUUUUGUCUACACAAGCAUUUCAGCUUGUCAGACACAACACCCCCCCCUUUUCUGGGAGUACUCCCAACUUGUCCAAGCCAAUUUUGGGGGUUCAUUGGUGAGGGGAGCUCCAUUGUGUCUUUGCACAGGCUUCCAUUGAUGGGGCUCAUUGAGUGAAUCCCACCCAGUAUGUUUUCAAGCAAGAAUAGUUAUUGUUGAACUAGUGCCAGAGAUGUCCAGGCCUGUUACCACAUCUCAUUUUAAUCUACUUCUCUGGGUUGUUUUGAGGAUAAAGUAGAGAAGAAUUGUGUAUGCCAAAGUGUUGCAUCAUGGUGAAGGAUGGAGAUAUGAGACAAACAAAGAUGUGAUCAUGAAAAAUUGAACUAAAAUGAACAAUACCAAAUUAAUGCAAAAGUUGUGUUUACAGAAACUAAUAAAAAAAAAAGGCAAAAGGUUUAUUUAAAGUUUCCACCCUUAACUCUGGAUCAGUUUUUCCGGGAAUGCAGGGGAAAUAAGGAAACAACAAAAAACACCCCUCUCCUUUUCCCAGUAGGAGCAUUCCAGGCAGACUUUUUCUUAUAAAACUCACUGUAUCUCUUAUUUAUUUAUUUAAAACUUUAUUAUAUAAUUGUGCAAUCCUAAACAUGUCUACUCAGAAGUAAGACCUAUUCAGUUCGAUGGGGCUUACUCCCUGGUAAGUCUGUAUAGAGUUGCAGUAUUGGCUACCUUUUCCCAAACCUCUUUUACCUUAGGUCAUGUUCAUCACAUUUGACUUAAUCAGCUGAUCUAUGUUGAGUGAGAUACUGACAGUAGAACAGUUAGUAAUGAUAUUUCCUUUAUGUUUAACACAAGGAAAUGCCACCAGACCUUUUGUAAAUAUUUGUUGCUGUGCUGCUUCUGGGAGUACUAUAAGCACUCAUGGUAUUUCAAAUUCUUAAGAGCCAGCACCACAGUUCUACUUUCCAGGCAUAACCACAACUUAAAAGAAUAUUUUAGAUUUUUAUUCGAUUUUCCCCUGCCUUGACUUUGCCAUGCUAUCAUCUGUUACACUAAUAUGAAUGCAACUUGCCAAAAUCAGUAUAGUGGGAUUAAAAAAAAAUAAUAAUAUUUGGAACUACUUCCCACAUUACACCAUGUUAAUGGGAGUGCUCCUGCAGAUUACUUGCAUUAAUGAGAAUUAUAGCAUGGGAAGCAGUCUUCAGUCGAUUGAGGGCCUGACCAUAUGACUUUGAUUUCAGCUGUUUCUAUCCUUGCGUUGUGUUUGCUAAUUAUAGGGAUGCUUCGUUCUGCUUUCUGAGGAGGUUAAUCUUCAAUUAAACAAUAUUUCCUCUUGGCUGUCCAUUAUUUUCUGAAACAGAUGGUUCAUCAUUUCCUGGGCUGUUAAACACAGCAAGGUUAAGGUUAGACUCCUGGGAAUUAGUUAGUUUUGAAUCUUAUUACAGGAUGUAGAAGCAAAACUAAUAAGAAUAGUACUUAAUAACAUUUUGUUGCAGCAAACAAUUAUUUAUUAGCAAACAAUUGAUCCCAGAAGGGCAAAUUGUUUGAGUCGGUAAUGAGCUGAGACAAGGCAGAGCAUAUCUGUGUAUUCGCAAAAUAAUUGUAACGUAAUUGCAAUGCAUUUAGACAGGCAUCUAUUUGGACUUCUUUCUGCCUUUAAAUGAAUUUCUGAAACAUUAAUAUGCUUUUCAGACAUGUUGCUUAUGCCAGUCUUCAACCAGACACUGAAGAAUUCUUGUAGUGAUCCAUAGAAGUUAACUUUGUGCCAAGUGAUAGUGUCUCCUAAAUUAGAGCUUUUCAGCUUCCAGUUGCAGACUUUUAAUUGUUAGAUUUGGCAAAGAAAUGAUAUGUAUGAUGUAUGAAGGUUUAUGUCAAGUUGGAACACUUCGUUGAAAAUUUAUUUGCAAUGUUAUGAAAAUUCAGAUAGUUCUCUGAGACAUGCUUCUUUAUUUUGCAGGUCUACUUAA